CAGAGCAAAGAUUUCUAGGACCACCCCCGUCCCACCUCCUGGAGCGGGAGAUAUGCGGGUGCAGGAGAACACACCAGGAGCUCGGGGCCUGGCAUUCCCCUGGGCAUGGGUGCCGAGGGCGGAGACUUCCGGGACUCCCACCUCCUUGAGCGGGUGAGAUUUGAGAGACAGGGGACACGCCAGGAGCCCAGACCGUUCUUUGAGAUUCUCCCGAAGGAGGAUGGGAGGGUAGGGGCGCUGCCAGUCUCCUUCCCGGGUGAGCCUAGAUGAAGACGCGCAAGGACCCUCGUAUUUGGCGGAGACAGGGGAAGGGAGAAGUUGACUCGGGCAAGGAAGAGAUGCCAAAGCCUGGGGAAUUAAGAACAUGCCAGAAUCAUCCCGAGGGAGUCUGGAAUUAGGGAGGGUGAGGACUCGCUAGGAUCGUCCUGUGGAUCUGGCUACAGCAGGAGCUGAUGACCCUCAUGAUGUCUGGCGAUAAAGGGAUUUCUGCCUUCCCUGAAUCAGACAACCUUUUCAAAUGGGUAGGGACCAUCCAUGGAGCAGCUGGAACAGUAUAUGAAGACCUGAGGUAUAAGCUCUCACUAGAAUUCCCCAGUGGCUACCCUUACAAUGCGCCCACGGUGAAAUUCCUCACACCCUGCUACCACCCCAAUGUGGACACCCAGGGUAACAUAUGCCUGGACAUCCUGAAGGACAAGUGGUCUGCCCUAUAUGACGUCAGGACCAUUCUGCUCUCCAUCCAGAGCCUUCUAGGAGAACCCAACAUUGAUAGUCCCUUGAACACUCAUGCUGCCGAGCUCUGGAAAAACCCCACAGCUUUUAAGAAGUACCUGCAAGAAACCUACUCAAAGCAGGUCACCAGCCAGGAGCCCUGACCCAGGCUGCCCAGCCUGUCCUUGUGUUGUCUUCUUAAUUUUUCCUUAGAUGGUCUGUCCUUUUUGUGAUUUCUGUAUAGGACUCUGUAUCUUGAGCUGUGGUAUUAUUUUUGUUUUGUUUUUGUCUUUUAAAUUAAGCCUCGGUUGAGCCCUUGUGAUGUAUAUUAAAUAAAUGCAUUUUGGUCCUUUUUUAGA